AUGAGAAGGGGGGGGCUGAAAUCACUGAGAAUGAGAAGGCGGGAGUUAAAAUUAAUGAGGGCAAGUUUAGAGAAUACUUCAACGGCUUGCCCUGGGCUAAGAAGCUUAAGUUCCUUGCUUUAUGUCAAGGGCAAGGUGGAGUGUAACAUCUACGGAAAAGUAUUCAUCAGGCUAUACAAACUAAGCAUAGAAAACAUAGCAAGCGGCAUAAAAAGCCCUACAGGUGCACAGUCUAUCUAUAUGAGAAGACAUUCAGUACACACCCUACUUGAGAUGUGGGUAUAUAAAAAGAACUAUGGAAAGAUCUUCGGCCGCCAUAAGCAGUUUAAGUUGCAUCUGGAGGACUUGUAUUAUAAGAUGAGCCCCCCUACAAAGGAGGCGAAGCUCGAGGACAACAGGCAGAAUAUACCCUCCGCGUCCUCAUUCUGGUGUGGGUUCUACUGCUAUAUAGUCCCCUUUACUAGCGAUAUAAGCGAUCCUCAGGGUAUCCGCUUCGAUUAUAUUAAUGACUAUUUUAUAGGCCGCUGUGAUUAG